AUGCCUUCCUCACUCCUCGGAUCUAAUCAUCAUUCUGAGCCUUCAUGGAAGAAAUUGGAGAAAGACUUGCGCCAUCCGUUAUUACUGAGACAGCUUGAAAAAGUAAAGCAACACCGAGUGCAAGCCUCAAGUAGUGAUUUCUCGGUGAGGUACAUUCAUUUGGCAUUAACUCAAAAUCCUAAUGAAAUGAUCAUUCAAUUUCAUACGUUCGGAUAUGAUGAAAACAAGGUUGGAAAGCCAUUGGCAAUUAUUGGAAAAAGCGAGCAAGAAUUACAAUCCAAUCCGCAGUGGUAUGGAGUUGGAGCAGUCACGACCUCGUAUGGAGAGUCGAGUGUCACUGGAUUUGAUCAUGCCAUUUUGUUGAAUAAUUUAACUUUUGACACGACAUAUUAUUAUCGGGUUGGAUUUGGAAAUGUUGUGAAUGGAAAACCUGUGUUUACUGUUCAAUCGGAUUCGACUCAUUACUUUACAACAAGAAGCAAAGACAUUUCUGAGGUCACCAUUGUCAUCUUUGGGGAUAUGGGAAUUUUCUUUUGUGAAUCCAAUAUUGAGAGAAUUUCAAAAAUUGUUAAAGAUAACACUGGAAAUGGAAAUUUCUUCAUCUACCAUGUAGGAGAUAUCAGCUAUGCUGAUUCAUAUCCCGGAUUCAUGUAUCAGUAUGUGUGGGAUAAAUUUUUUGAGCAUUGGGAAGGAGUUCAGCCCUAUGUGCCUUACAUGACUACUGUAGGUAACCAUGAGUAUGGACCAAGAUUAGGACCUGACAAACACUCGUUCGAAUACAACUUUACUGCUUACAAUCACAAAUUUUGGAUGCCACUCAGAAAUGAUACCAAAUAUGGGCACAAUAUGUGGUAUCAUUUCGAUUUUGGACCAGUGAGAAUUGUAGCGAUUGAUACAGAGACCAAUUAUCCCAAUGCUCCAUUUCAACCAGUUUUCCAAGGAGAUCAUGUCUCCUAUGUCAAGAAUGCCAUCAUGAAUGCUAACAGAACUCAAACACCCUUCCUCAUGACUGUUGGUCAUCGACCAAUUUAUUCAACUGAAAAAGGAUUUUCUGAUGCCAACGGCAAUGUCGUCGGUGACUCGAAGAUAUUACAGGAAUUAUUUGAGAAUGAUUAUAAAAAGUAUCGAGUAGAUAUGGCCAUUUGUGGACAUGUACAUGCGUAUGAGAGACAACAUCCCAUUUAUAAUGGAACCAUUGAACAAGAUCAACUCAAAGAUCCACAUAAUUAUAUUAAUCCACAGGACACUAUUUACAUUGUUGAUGGAAGUGGAGGUAGUUUGGGAGGAAUGGAUCCCACUCACGAUUUCAACACCAACAUCAAGUGGAAUUACAUGAGAUAUAACAAUGAUGAAGGAUUUGGACUUUUAAAAAUUAAGCGUGACUCACUAACGACCUUCACUGUGAAUUUCCAACAAUUCAACGAUCGAGGAGAAGUCAUUGAUUAUUUCACCAUGCGCAAAACACAACCUUAA